AUGAAGCAAUCAAAGCAGAACCAUCACUUCAUCCCCCGGUUUAUCUUGAGAAAUUUUGUACCGCAGACUCAACCUCCUGCAUCACCAGCUGGGGAUGUUGAAUCGACGAAAGGAAAUAAACGGCGUGGCCGUGAUUUCCUUGUAAAUAAGAUCGAUCUUGAAAGAUGCGUCCUCAGUCAGCGACCGGUUUCGACUGAGUUUUCCCUCGUGGACUUGUAUCGUGAUCCUGGUUUCUAUGACAAUCCUUAUCAUCUUGAGAAAAAGCUGUCAAAUCUCGAAUCUCAAGCGAGUGAGAUCAUUCGUCGCGCAUCCAACUUGUUCUCUCAAGGCUUGACACUUGAACUCAAUCGGAUUGAGCUUGAUAGGCUCCGGAAAUUUCUUUUUCUAAUGAAAUAUCGAAGUUCGGGCAUGUUCGACCGAUAUAAUCAUGACCAGACCCAUCAGUAUGAGGCUGACGACCGCGAAAGGAUGUUGAUUUAUAUGCAGUCAAGAGGAUUUACGAGGCCGCGUGAUGUGUGGUUUGAUAACCUGCGUCGGUUCUUGGAUGUUGAUAUGGACCCUGCUAGGGCCUGGAUUGAUACUCUUAAAACGCAAAUAUACCCUGACGAUGCUAUGAUGAUGGGAAUACAUCUCAUUUGGAGCUUUCUAGCAUUUUGUGAGCCAAUGGAUCCAAAGGAUGAGUUUCUCCUCACUGAGAACGCAUACUCCAUUUUUGAAGGUCCUUCGACGACGAAAUAUAACGUCAUUACUCAAAAGGUGGAGGCCAUCUGUUAUACUGAAUACCACAAUUUUGCUCCUAUAUCCCCAAGGCUUAUCAUUGUCUUACGAAGCCAUCUCCUUGAUUCAGAAGGUCAAUCGAGUGAAUUGUUUCGAGAGACACGGAAGCAAUUUGCGGCGGCAGUUCAAUCUCAACAUCUUAACCCAGACAAAGCGGGAUCAAUUCUGCACGAUCUUCCUGUUCGGCAAUGUGGCCAUGUCUAUACAGCAUCGAAUAUUACUUCACGAGCCUCUUUUCGUGAAACUGAUAGGUUUCGGUUUCAGUGCUUCAAACUCUCAACCCACCAUACAACAAUCAUCAACAAUUUAUUCCUAGAAGAAGCCUACAUCACCUCAUCAAUCGUGUAUCACUCUCAAGAAUCGCUGAAAUUGACUUUAGAAGAUUAUUUCAAAGCGGAGACCGAUGGCAUGAAAGUUAUUCAUGACCCCGGUGAAAAUCGUUACCGAUACUUGAUAGCACUUGAAAAGAUUUCCCGUGAUCUUGGGAGCUCUGCAAGUUGCAGAAUGAAUGUUCUUGACAGAAGUCCUUCACCUCCACGGGUGCUCAUGUCGUCGUUUGUGGCUUUCAAAGUUGCAAUCGGACUUCUACAAGAUAAGGAGACAGAAAAGCUACCCGAAGCCUAUUCACUGAUGAAGCCAGGAGCAAACGAAAAGGUGUUUUGGGGCGACGCCCACCAAGCCGGUCUUAUGAUGAUAUUAAGGACCAAAGUUGAUCGAGCUCUCAAAAGUUCAUGCCUGUCGAAUGAAGCAAAAAUUGGUGUUCGCAGAAGCAUAGGUGCUUUCUUCAUGACAUUCCCCUCCGAAAGGCUUUGGCUGUAUCUGAAAAUCUCACGAAAUAUGAACAAAUUUGACGACCAAGACUUCACCAAACAGACUGCGGAGCUUGAACUUAGAGGCAUAGAGGAUACGUUUGCUAGAUACAUAGCCUCUUCCCCUAGGCAGCGGAAGGAUCUCGUGAAAACUAUGUACUACGAAGCCAUAGUAUAG